AAUAUAUAUAUUGAAAACUUGAAAGGAAAAAAAAAGGGUUUUUAAAAAGAAUCAAAGAACAUUUUCUUCCAACUGCUUUUGGCUUGUUUGGACAACCACUUUGAAGGAUAACGACGAUAACCCACAACAACGAAGAACAGAAGGUGGACGAGCACGCGGCAGCGGACGAGUGUGCGGGGGCUAAGGUCCAAGAAGCAGGCGGGGGCCCACAAUCAUAACAACAACAAUAACAGCAACAAUUGCAACUGCAACAGCUUCAUCUGAUCAAUCAAGUGGAUAACAACAUUUGCCAGCACAUUGGACAUUAUGGACGAUUUGUUGGUCGAAGUUAGACUUGAUAAUGGCGCCUACUAUAAGGGCCAGGUGACAGCUGUCGGUGAUGAUGGCAUCUUUGUGGAUGUGGACGGUGUGCCCGAGGUUUUGAAAUAUCCGUUUAUCAAUGUACGCCUGCCACCUGAGGGAUCUGUCGAGACAUCGUCAGCGGCGGGAGGACCAUCAGCAGCGGCCUCAACGCCAGCUGGAACACCCAAUUUCGAGGAGGGCAUGGAAGUUGAGGUAUUUACGCGCACAAAUGAGCGCGAAACCUGCGGCUGGUGGGUGGCCAUCAUCAAAAUGCUCAAAGCUGAUAUCUGUGCGGUGGCCUAUACUGGUUUCGAGACACCCUAUACCGAAAUCUGUGAACUGGGCAGAUUGAGAGCCAAAAAUCCAAAUCCGCCAAUAACACCGAAGUCAUUCUAUCAGUUUACGCUGCCUGUGCCCGAAGAAUUGCGUGAAGAAGCCCAAAAGGAUGGAAUACAUACGGAAUUUCAGCGCACAAUCGAUGCCGGUGUUUGUAACUAUAGUCGUGAUCUGGAUGCCCUGAUUGUAAUUUCCAAAUGGGAGCACACUCAGAAACGUGCCGGUAUGCUCAAGGAUAUGCAUUUUCGUAAUCUAUCACAAAAGGUUAUGCUCUUGAAAAGGACUGAAGAAGCUGCGCGUCAGCUCGAAACGACCAAACUAAUGAAUCGUGGGAACUAUGUUGAGGAAUUUCGCGUGCGCGAGGAUCUCAUGGGCCUGGCAAUUGGUUCGCAUGGCUCGAAUAUACAAGCAGCACGCACGCUGGUCGGCGUCACCAAUAUCGAGCUGGAGGAGAAAUCAUGCACAUUUAAAAUUAGCGGAGAAACUGAAGAAUCAGUGCAAAGGGCACGCGCAAUGCUUGAAUAUGCCGAGGAGUUCUUUCAAGUGCCACGUGAAUUGGUGGGAAAGGUGAUUGGCAAAAAUGGUCGCAUUAUACAGGAAAUUGUCGACAAAAGUGGUGUCUUUCGAAUCAAGGUGAGUGCUAUCGCUGGCGAUGAUGAACAAGACCAGAAUAUACCGCGUGAAUUGGCGCAUGUACCAUUUGUGUUCAUUGGCACUGUUGAGAGCAUUGCGAAUGCCAAAGUGCUGCUGGAAUACCAUUUGUCCCAUCUAAAGGAAGUGGAAAAGCUGCGCCAAGAGAAAUUGGAAAUUGAUCAGCAACUGCGAGCCAUUCAAGAAUCCUCAAUGGGCUCCACACAAAACUUCCCCGUCUCGCGACGCUCUGAGCGCGGCUACAGCAGCGACAUUGAGUCAGUUCGCUCUAUGCGUGGCGGUGGCGGCGCCCAGCGUGGUCGUCGUGGACGUGGUGGUGGCGGCGGUGGAGGUAGUGGUGGCGGUGGCGGUGGUGGAAAUGGUCUAAAUCAACGUUAUCAAAACAAUCGACGCGAUGACGAUGACUAUAAUUCCCGCGGAGAUCAUCAGCGCGAUCAGCAGCGUGGCUACAGUGAUCGUGGAAGUGCCGGUGACGGUGUUGGAAACUAUCGCGGUGGCAACGGCGGCGGCGGUGGAGGAAAUGGCGGUGGUGGUGGCAACAACAGACGCGGUGGCUCAAAUCGUCGACCUCCACGCAAUGAUCAGCAAAAUGGCAGGGACUAUCAGCACCUUAAUCACAAUGAGGAUAUGCGGGAGACACGUGAAGUGAGCAGUGUGGAAAGAGCGGAUAGCAACUCUUCGUACGAGGGCAGUUCGAGAAGGCGUAGAAGGCAAAAGAACAACAAUGGAGCCACCAAUAAUACAAAUGGUGCGUUGCCAAAUAACAACAAGCAACCACAGCAGCAGCAACAGCCGCCGGCGCAAACAAAUAAGACGUCACAGAAUAAUGCCACCGAUAUCAAUAAACAGAAUAGCGGCAAUGCAAACAAUGCUGGCGGUGCAAUUAAAUCGAAGGAUUCGGUUCGCAAUAGUGAGAAUAAACAACAACAACAACAACAGCAGCAGCAACAGUCGGGGCCACAACAGAUGCAGGCGCCGCCACAGCAACAGCAGCAGCAGCAGCAAGCGCCGAAACCGCGACGCAACAACAAGAACCGUAGCAACAACCACACAGAUCAGCAGUCGGGUCAGCAGCAGCAACAGCAGCUGACGGAGAACAUUAAAAAGGAGGGUCUGGUGAAUGGCACAUCCUAAACCGCAGCAGCAGCAGCAAUUAAUGCAACUGAACACAACAACAACAACACGAAUUGCAGAUCGUUCGACGAACAGCAUCAACAACAACAACACCCGAGAAAAACAAAAACAGAAAUUAGUUUGCG